AUGCCCUCCCUUCCUUCCUCGGCAGCUCUCGCUCAGAGAUUCCCCCUCCGUCUCGCUCCCGCUGUUGCCCUUCUCGUGCGUGCUCGAUCUGCUCUGCUUCCGUCCCGCUGGGAGCUUUUCCCCGGGCUUGGAGCCAUCUGCUUGUCCUCGUGUUCCCCUGCCCGCCCACGCCCUCUCACCCGCACCCUGUCCAAAAAGUUUCAAUCUUGGAGCCACCCUCUUAUUGUUAUCCCCCCUACUCCUCCUCCUCCUCCUCCUCCCCAUCUCUCUCCUCUCUCAUCCAGCCACGCUUCCCCCUCGUUUGCUUGGCCCUUGCUGUCCUCCGCAACCGCGGCUCCAAUAAAAGCUCCUGCGCCGCAGCCGUCUCCACUUCAGUCGCCCACCUCCUGUGCGGCAAGCGGGAUUGAAUUUUGGCUGGAGCCUUCAGGUUCUGGAGGCGCGCGCCGGGUGAUUCCUCCAUUCUCGAAAGCUUCCGCCGUCUCGGAGGUGAUGGAGGGCCGGGGGAGGCGGCCGCGGAGCCCGGAGCGGCAGAGGCCGCCGGCGAGGAAGGUGCCGGUGGUGUACUACCUCACGCGGAGCCGCCACCUCGAGCACCCGCACUUCGUCGAGGUGCCGGCGCCCUCCUCCUCCGAGGGGCUCUACCUCAGAGAUGUGAUUCGGCACCUCAACAUGGUGCGCGGCAAGGGCAUGGCCUCCAUGUACUCCUGGUCCUGCAAGAGGAGCUACAAGAACGGAUUCGUGUGGCAUGAUCUCGCCGAGGACGACCUCGUCCUCCCUGCCACCGACGGCGAGUACGUGAUCAAGGGCUCCGAGAUCCUGGACCAACCUUCUUCAGGUCAAUUUCACCAUGGCAGUAAUGGCAACCAGAAGCAGCAGAGCAGGCAGAAAGAGGGUAGUACAAGGUUGCCUCGGUCAAGGGAGGCCUCCUUCUCCUCCUCCCCACCUAGUGUGACAGUUAGAGAAGCCAAGCCUCGGCGCGUGCCUUCGGUGCCUUCGCGAGAGGAGGACGACUCCCCCUCGCCGUGCCGGGGCACCUCCUCGGAGACAAUGUCGCCGGAAUCGGAGCCUCAGAGGACUGUCAUGUCACGGCCGACGCCGGCAGAAUUCAGGGUUUUCAAGCCCACCGGUUUGAUGGAUGCCGCAACUCAAACCGAUGAUCUCGGGAGAAGGUCGGCUCGGAGAGUACCUGAGAUGCAUAAGAAGAGCCUGAGCACUGAUCAUGACGUCCGUGAGGUCACCGAGUACCGGCAGCAGAGCCAUCCUCGCCGGUCGGCCGAGCUCCAGGGGAUCUCCAGGGAUGUCAUGUCCCACUGUGCCACCCCACUGAGCAUGGCUUCAACCCAUGGAAAGUCCGAGAGCUUGGAGUCGUUGAUACGAGCCGACAACGCGUCAGCCAACAGCUUCAGGAUCCUGGAAGAGGACGACAUUGUCGUGCCGACCUGCCCGAAGCUGAGGCCGGCGAAUGUGCUGAUGCAGCUCAUCACCUGUGAUUCACUUUCAGUCAAGGAUCAUGACAACAUUGGGCUUGUUGGGGCUUACAAGCCAAGGUUCCCAAACUUGAAGUUCCCAUCGCCGCUGAUUUCUCGCUCCAUGAUGAUGGGUGAGCUCGAUUACCUAUCAGAGAACCCCAGAUUCAUUGGGACACGGAUUGAAGAUAAGGAGUAUUUUAGUGGGAGCAUUAUUGAGACCAAGACGCAGAGAGACGUUCCCACCGAGAGGCACUCGGUGCUUAAGCGGUCUUCUUCCUACAAUGCAGAAAGGGGCGGCGAGAACCUCUGCGACUGCGCGGGGCCCGACGAAGAAGAGAUGGUACCGCGCUCGAGGUGCCUGCCCCGGACGCCGAUACUGUCAUCCUUGCUGCACCCGAAGAGUGAGAUGCAGAAGUCCCCGGUGUCGGACUGCCGGAGGAGCUCCUCGGCCGGGCCGGACUCGAUAGACGGCGGGAGCAGGCGGUUCACCGACGCGUCGUCGAGGGUAGAGUCCUUCAGGAAGGAGAACAAGGAGAAGCUCGUCAAGAUCGAGGAAAGUUAA